UCUUCUGUCUGUAAUUAGGAGAUUGAUAUGGCUGGAAGAGAAGAGUACCGAAUAUUUGUGGGAGGGUUGUCGUGGGACAUCACGGAGCGUCAGCUUGAGAAUGCCUUCAAUCGAUUCGGCAAAAUUAUCGAUUCUCAGGUUACCCUUGUUUAUAUAUAUUCGUCGAUUUAUGGUUUGAUCUGUAUUGCUGAAAACCGAAGCAAUUGGACUUCGUGUAAGCUGAACACAUUGGAAUAAGUUAUUUCUUAUACGAGAAGGAAACAGAGGAAAUUGUAUAAUCGGUGUUAUUUCGUGUGAAUCUUCAUAUGAAGAAUACAAUUUCUAAAUUUACACCCCUUUUUCCUCUAAUUAGCUUUUCCCUCUGAUGAUAGCAUGUCAAAACACCACAGAUGAACUGCAAGAUUAACUUUUACCAUCCGAAGCCAUAAUUUUUUGUUUUCUCAACAUUGUUUUAUUACAACUUUAAUUUUUCUCCAAACUCUUCUCUUUCUGAUGAUGUUUCUUUUUCCCCUUGUGAAUGAGGAUGCUGUUAAUGAACUUUUUGGGAAGCGGUUUCAGUAUCCAUGUAAAGUUGAAUGUUCCAAGAUGCUGAAGGUCAUAGGCUUGUAUGUGCUUAAGUAUUAUUUGAUUUAGAUCUGCUGGUUAAGAAAAAGUGCUACGUUACCAUCUGGAUAUUGGGGAUAUGGUUGCCUGCAAACUCAAUCUUGUGCUCUAGCUGAUUGGGGUUUGGUAGGAUUUUAAUUUGCAAAUUCAGCGACUAAUUGUUUCUGUGGGAUAAAAGAACUUGACAUUCAUGGUUUUAAACCAGAGGAACUAUUAACAAGCAAUGUGUUGAUGCCUGCUCGAGCAAACCUUUCUUGUUUUAUUGUUCCUUGAUGUUUUGAUAAGGACACUGAAGUCACUAAAAUGUUUAAGGAUUUGAUUGAUAAACGUUCUAGUAUUUUCUUGGAGAAUUUUAUCUUGCUUUGGAUGAUUAUUAAACCCAACAUCUCAUCUUUGGCUUACCCUACUUACCAAUGGUAUGACAAAAAGUCUAAAAGUUAAUGAUGAAGUUUAUGUGGUUAUUCGAGAUGACGUAUGGGGCAAAAAGUUUGGCUAGAUUGCUAUAUUGACUCAACUAAUGAGUUUGCUAAGUCAUCUAAUCCCAAAAAGUUCUCAGAAGACAUAUGUCAUGAAUGGAACAUUUUGUUGUAUGAACUACUGGCUGCUUCUUUGUAAUGCUUUCUCCGUGUUCCUGUCCACGACUAAUUAUUAUCGAAGUGAGAGAUUGCUGGUUUCUCAUUUGCUAGUUUGACUGGUGUUGAGAGUUGUCAGUUUUAUUUAAGAUGAAGAAUACGUAAAAUGGUGCAUCUUUUUUGGCUAAGAUUUAUGAUGGCAUGCAAAGGUACAGUUUUGGGAGAUCAAUAACCAUUUCAUUCUUUUCAGUGGACACUACAUCUUUGAAUUUCAUUUUUCUGGGAUGAAGUUGCCGGAGUCCCCUACUCUUCCAGGCAUGCUCAGAAAGUUAUUUGCACCGGUUUUUGUUUAGCAGCUUAUGUGGCUAGAAAUUGGACUAGUGAUGCCAGGCUUAGCAGCUCAGACAUUUUUUGAAGAAUUGGCCAAACUGCAUUUGUAGUCUUUAGUUUGACAUGUUUUCCUCAUCGUAUGAUGUCAGCUGGAUCGUAGAUGUCAGUUUGAGGAUCUUUUCUGAUCAGUUGUUGUCUUCUCUGGUGAGCUUGUUAAGUACUAUGCCGUGGACAGGACUGUGGACAUUGAUGUGGAUAUUGUUGUUAUCCAAAGCUUCCAGAGCUCUUAAGGCCUCUGAUGUUACUAUGUUAGACUCUGUUUUCUGUUAUGACCGAGCAUUAUUAAUGUCUAUUUGUUGGGUAUAGUACUGCAGUCUGCAGGGGAGUGAUUGGAUCUGAAGCUAAAUUUGAGUUCCUAUAGGUGCAGUGUUGCAGUUCCUAUAUAGAGGAAUGGAUUUAGGUUGUGGCAACAUGAGAAAUUUUGGAGCUGUAGUUUUUCAUUCGUUUGUUUUCAUCCUUUUCCUGUUGUUUGGAGUUGUUUCUCAAGAUUGAUCAAGAAUGCUGCUGUUUUGUUUUCCUUUUUUGUGGUGUCGAUGUGCUAGUUUUCUCAUUUUGUACUCAUUGACAGUCUUUGUCUUAACAGAGUUUGAAUUCGUCGAUUAUUGAUUCUAUUUAAACUUAAGAGGGGGUUGAAUAUGAAUAUGUACCUAGUUAAGAAUGGUUGCCAUGCCAGUUUUGUCCUCAUCAAGUUUUCUAGUACAGCCUCUUGUGUCCACAAACUGAUGGGAUCUCUAUUUCAGAAUAAGUUGGCAUCUCCAUUGCUUGAAAUUAUACUGUCUGGCGAAGCUUGCCUACGUCUCCUAGAGCAUUCAUCCUGGAAGAUAUGUUGUUUAAGGAUUCAUCUUUCUUUCUUGAGAUUUAUUCCACCAUCUACUUCACAUCACAUCCCAAUAUGAUUAUGUGACAGCUCUGUUGAGGCUAAUCCCUUAGUUGGAGUAAUACACAUAUCCAAUGAAGUGUUUGUACUGGGUUUUUUUUUUUGAGUUAAGAUUGACUUUGAGGGCCAUUUUUGGAUGUCUGACUGUACAGAAGAAGCCAUGUAGCCAUUUUUUAAUGGAAUUAUUUCUUUUGAAUAAAAGGGGACCAUAGUCUAAGAUACUCUCACUUCAGAAGAUAGACCUAAAGACGUGCAGGUUCUUUUGUUUUGUUAAGGAAUUGUGUAACAUGUUGCAAUGAGUUCUUCAUAAACGGACAAAAAAGGUUAGACUAUGCUGAUGGCUGGUAGUGGUAGGUUUCAAGUUUUCACUUGGUAUACAUUAUUAGCAUGAUAAUGUUGGAAAAGAAUACAGGCCGCCCACGUGGCUUUGGUUUUAUUACAUUUUCAGAUCGCCGGGGAAUGGAUGAUGCUAUCAGAGAGAUGCAUGGACAGGAAUUUGGAGAACGAAUCAUUUCAGUGAACAAGGCUGAACCUAAAAUGGGAGAAGAUAUGGACCAUGGUUACAGGGGGGGAGGAUACUCAACCGGUGGCAGGGGUAGUUAUGGGGGUGGGGGUGGGGGAGGAGAUAGAUCUGCGAGGCAAGAUGAAUGCUUCAAAUGUGGGCGUCUUGGACACUGGGCUAGAGAUUGUCCUUCAGUUGGUGGUGGCCGAGGAAGGGGAGGAGACUCAUUUCUUGCACGUGCUCGGCUUGGGGAUAGUGAUCGUGGGGAUCGCUUUGCUGGAGAUAAUAAUCGUUAUGUGGAUGAUCGCUAUGAAGGUGGUGGGCGCUUUGGAGAUAGAGAUCGUUUUGAUAGCAGCAGCAGGGACAACAAAUAUGGAAGUCGCGAUCGCUAUGUUAGUGAAAGGUACCCACCUGGUGGAGAUCGCUUUGGAAGCAGUAGGUAUAAUAAUGAUUCUGAUCGUUUUCCUGUAAAUGGCUAUGGCAAAGAUAGGGGGUACUAUAGAGAUGGUGGACCUCGUGGAGUUGAUAAGUAUGGAAGUGGCGGUCCAGCACGCAACGAGGGAAGAAGCUAUAGAAACAGACCAGCUCCUUACGAUCGCCCUAGCCGUGGUGGGCGGCCAUCAUCAUUUGAUCGUUAUUGAAUGUUUUUAUUGUGUAAGCACAUUAUCAGGUUUAUCUAAAGUACCACAUGCUCGGUGUUGUGCUGUUAGUUAUCUAGGAUGUAGUUGGAGUACCGUGGCCUGACUGACAGACAGAUUGUUGUGGUUUCGUGUAGCUUUAAUGUAUCUGAGUUUUUGUUCAGCGACAGAUAAAUGUUCUAAAGAACGAUGAAUGGAAAGAGAACAGAUUUAAGUUGACCAUUUUGUGGUUCCAAAAAUGUUGAGGUGAAUCUUGCAGGGAGUGACAUAAGAAGGUCGAGUGGAGGACUCUUAAGGCUCGUUUGAUUCAUAAGUUGGGUUCAUAAACAAAUUAGUAGAGAUACAAGUCUAGAGGGCAGUGGCACCGUAUUUGUGUAUUUAGUAGCACCUUUUACUGUGCAGAAAAGAGGUAUGAUAGAGGAAGUAAAAAUGAGAGAUGAAGCUUGGAAAUUGGCCUCCCAAUAAGCACCAACCAACAACAAACUCUGCUGUCAGUUAAGAGUGAAUGAAAGAGAGACUCAAAUUGAAGACAUAUGGUUUGGUUUGGCCCUCAAUUGGAAUCACUGACUUGCUUUUCUCAAUAUAUUACUGUUUUCUA